AGGGAGCGCGGCCGUCCGGGGCGAGCGCCUGGGACGCAGCGAGGGGCUCCCGGGCAGGAGCGCUGGAGGCGGCGGUGGGGGGCUUGGAGCGGCGAUCCCUGAGCAGCUGAGCGCAGUGGGCUAUGGGAUGGAUGAAGCUGAGCAGGACCAGCACGAAGCCCGUCUCAAAGAACUCUUUGACAGUUUCGACCUCACCGGCUCAGGCUCUCUGGGGCAAGAAGAGCUGACCGACCUCUGUCACGUGUUGCACUUGGAAGAAGUCGCUCCGGGAGCGCUCCAGCAAGCCCUCUUGCAAGACAACCUCCUGGAAAGGGUCAACUUCAGCCAGUUUAAAGAAGCAUUAAUCCUCAUCUUAUCAAGGACAUUAACGAAUGAAGAGCCCUUCGAAGAACCAGAUUCUUCACCCGAAGCCCAACCAAAAUAUAUCAAGGGCGGGAAGCGCUAUGGGAGACGAUCAUUGCCAGAGUUUCAGGAGCCUGUGGAAGAGUUUGCAAAGGUGACAGUAAUUGAGCCUCUGAGUGAGGAAGCCCGGCCCCCCUGCCUCUCCAGUGAUGCCUGCAACGAGCACUGGCAGUCCCAAGACAGUGAAGAAUAUGAAGCGGAAGGCCAGCUGAGAUUCUGGAAUCCUGACGACUUGAACGCAUCCCCAAACAUCUCCCCCACUCAGGACUGGAUAGAAGAGAAGCUGCGUGAGGUGUGUGAGAAUCUAGGCAUCUCCAGAGAUGGCCAUCUGGACAGAGAGAAGCUCGUCUCCAUUUGUGAACAAUAUGGACUGCAGAAUAUUGAUACGCAGGUGCUGGAGGAAGUCUUCCGCAACCUCGAACACGAUGGAAUGAUGAGCAUCGAAGACUUUUUCUAUGGCCUAUUUAAAAUUGGGAAGCCUCUUCCCCCGUCUGCCUCAACCCCGUACAGGCAGCUCAAACGGCAUCUCUCCAUGCAGUCGUUUGAUGAGAGUGGAAGACGCACCACUACAACUUCAGCAGUGACAACUACAAUCAGUUUCCGGGUAUUUUCCAGCCUGGACGACGGGAUGGGCUAUGCUGCCGUGGAUCGAAUCCUUGACAUCUGGCACGAAGAGGGAAUAGAGAAUAGCCAUGAGGUCAUGAAGGGCUUAGAUUUCAGCUUGGAUGGGAAAGUUAACUUGACCGAGCUCACCCUUGCCCUGGAAAAUGAGCUUCUCGUAACAAAGAACGGAAUCUACCAGGCUGCACUUGCAAGUUUCAAAACGGAGAUCAGGCAUUUGAUGGAACGGGUGGACCAGAUUGUUAGAGAAAAAGAGAAGCUGCGCGUGGACCUGGAGAAAGCAGAAAAAUUUAAAUCACUGAUGGCCUCCGAAGUGGACGACCACCAUGCUGCCAUCGAACGUCGAAAUGAGUACAACCUUAGGAAACUGGAUGAGGAGUACAAGGAUCGUGUGUCAGUUCUCAGAAAUGAACUUCGGAAAGAGCGUGAGCAGAUCCUGCAGCAAGCUGGCAAGCAGCGGGUGGAACUAGAGCAGGAGAUCGAGGCAUUGAAAACAGAGGAGAACUACCUCCGGGACCGCCUUAACCUAACUUUGAAGGAAAACAGUCGUCUCGAGACCGAGCUUUUGGAAAUGGGAGAGAAAUUGGCCAGAUACGAAAGCACGACAAGCAAACUGCAGAAGAACUUGGAAAAUGUCCUGGCGGAGAAGUUUGGCGAUCUCGAUCCCGGCAGCGCAGAGUUCUUCCUGCAGGAGGAGCGGCUGACACAAAUGAAGAUCGAAUAUGAGCGUCAGUGCAGGGAACUCCAAGACCAGAUUGACGAACUGCAGUCCCAGCUGGAAGCACAUCGGACUCCAGGCAAAGUGGCCCAGCCUUCGCUUGAAAACUCCCUCUACGACGAGUUGGCCGAUGGGGGAGUUGAAUGCAAUCACGAGCUCGGUUCUGAAGACUGCAACCCACUCAACAUGAGCAUAGAAGCUGAAAUGAUCAUUGAACAAAUGAAAGAUCAGCACCACCGGGAUCUCUGCGACUUAGAGCAGGAGCUUGAAAACACGAUGCGCCAUUAUGAGAAGCAGCUGGAGGAGACCAAGAGCAGCUGCGAGAAGGAGCAGGAGAACCUUCAGCGGAAGUUCCACCAGGAGAUGAAGAGCAGGGAGCGGCAAGUCGACAGCCUCCAAGCCCGAGUCGCUGACCUCCAGGCGGAGCUGGCCAGGUUCGGACAGAGGGCUGAACCCCAGCGUGGCGUGGAACAGGGUGAUGUCGAGAUGGGCGUGGAGGAGAAGGCCGGCUGCAAGGAGUCCCAGGGAGGGGCGCUCCAAGCCAGGCUAGAAGAGACGUGUGAGAAUUUUCACCGAGAGCGGGAGGAAUUGAUACAGGCCGGGGUUUGGAUGGAGGAAAAAAUGAGGUCCAUGGCACAGACUGUCCAAGAAGAGAAAGCCGAGCUGGAGCACGGGUUCUGUGAGCAGCUGCAAAUCCUGGUGGAUAAAUGCGCCCUGGAGAAGGAGCAGCUCCGGCGAGAUCUGGCAGAGAAGCACCAGCAGGAACUCCAGGAAGAGAGGAUAAAAAUGGAACGUGAGUUUAACGGAAGACUCUGCCAGACUGAGGAGCAGUUUGCCAUUGACCGACAGGCCCUCACAAGCAAAUACGGGGAGGCGGUAAAAAGCCUGGAGGAACGCUACCAGCAAGAGUGGCGAGAGCUUUCCGAGCUGCAGGGUGAGGAGAAAUCCCGGUGGGAAUUUGAAAAGGAUGAAAUUAUCCAGGAAAGUGCUGAGGCCCAGGAGAGAUGGAAAGAAACGCUUGAGAAAGAGAAGGCUCUUUCUUCAGCGCUCGCCCAAGAGAAGGAGCUUCUAGAAAAGAAUUUCAAGGGGCACCUUAACCUGUUGAUGCUGGAAAAGGAACAGCUUCAGAAGGAUCUCUGGGAUGUGAAAAAGCAAGAGGAUGAGCUACGCAAUCGGCUCUUGCAAGUUCAAGACAGUCACGAGAAGGAGCUGAGAGAGAGGGAAGAAGAAAUUGCUGCCGCCGAGGGAAAGUGGGAGCUGGCUAGCCAACAGCUUGAAAGGCUGGGGGAGGAAUUUUUGCACGAGAGAGAAGAACUAAAUUGCAGACUCGAUCAUCUUGAGCGUUCAAAGCAAGAGGAGCUUAGCAGAGCCUCGGCGGAAAAACGAGAACUGAGGUUGGAAGUCUCAAAACUUGAAGGUAAAGUGGAAGAACUGCAACGGGAGAUACUUCGCCUGUCCAAAUUUCAAAGUAAUAUUGCAGACCCAAGCCAAGAUGCAGAAAGCGGGGAUGGCGAUUCUUCAGGGCCAGGGAAAGCCCAGGAAUCAAGAGAGGUGCAAGUCGAUUUUCCAAACCUGCGGAAUGUCCAGGAUUCAGCAGAAGAGGAGAAUGCAGCAGAAGUCUCCGCAAUAAGCAACGUGCUGUCCGAGCCAGAAGAAGCCAUUCAGUCCGCAGGUUUCAACCUGCUGACUCCAGAAAUAUUGACUGAAUCUCAGCUCUCGAGUACAACAGAUGAAGACAGUGGUGAAAUAAAAGGAGCAAAUGCAAUGAAAGAGGGCGACGCAAGUGGGCAACCUGUCGUAGAAACUGAAGCGGCGACCUACAGGGAAACUACGGAGACUUCUUCCGACCCGAAAAAGGCCUAUGAAGAUAUUCGGGCAGAGAACGAAACCCUCCGGCUCCAGAAACGUCAGCUGCAAGAGAGGAUCUCCCUCCUGGAAAUGGAAUGUGAGCAAGCGGCUCACGAUCGGCAAGAUAUGGCUUCCCAGGUCCAGAGAGAACUAGAUGAGAUCCUUCAGGCAAUUCCCAGGCCUAAGAUGUUGCCCUUUGGAGAUGACGGGAAUGCAGAAAAGCCCCAUUGGGCGGAAACAGUCGUUACACAAAAGCAUCCAGGCUGUGCGGCAGGAAACCAGAGGCUCUUUGCCGAAGAGUCAGAGGCUGACCCGAGCAUCGAGGAGGUGAGUGACUAUUCUUGGCAGUUUUUGAAAGGCCACAGUGAAGCCAACCAGGAGAGGGAGCUGGAAAUGGGAAGCUAUGCAAGCGACGGAAUACAGCCCACCGUUCUUGUAUUGCCGGAAGACCUCCAGGUGGAAAACCAGGUUCUGAAAGCCGAGCUGAUGAACUUGUUUGAACGGAACAAUAAGUUGGAGAGCUACUUGCCGCAGUUGAUAGGCCUGCAGUGCCGCUUCGAGGAAAGCAGCCGAGACUGCCUGAAAAGGGAGGCGGAGAAGCAGCAGCUCCGGGAGAAAGUGAGGGAGCUGGAAGAGGCUCGGGACCAGAUGGCGGCGGAAAACCGAGAGCUGCAGAGCGCAAAGCUGCGCCUACAUAACAGGCUUGAAGAGUUGAUGCUGAGUCUGAAAGCCUUGAAAGGGAGACCUGGCCACUGUGCGGACAGCACCAAAGAGGCGGCAGCGGAGAGAAGGGGACUCCAGGAGCUGAACUGGAAGCUGAAAGAGAGAGUGGCCGUGUUGCUCAAGCAGAAGGGAACGCAUGCCCAGGAGAAGGACGACUUGAAUACGGCACUGCGUGGCUUGCAAAGCACCUGCGCAGAGCAGCUGCAGCAGCUGGAGUGCUUGAGAUGUGAGGCUGAAAGUCUCAGAGAAGAAAACGCCGUAUUAAGGAACGAAAUUGCUUUGUUGAAUGAGGAAGGUAGCCUUUCGAGCCUACGGCUGAGGGAGCUUUGUGGCUCUCGAGAAGAACUCUGGCAAAAAGUAGAGACCGUGAGGAAAGAGAAGUUGGCGGUGCAGAAGUUGGCUGAAAAUUUGAAGAAGCAGGUGUCUGAACUGAAAGCCAGGAAUCAGCAGCUGGAAAUGGAAAACGCCGAUCUUGGCCAAAAGAAUUCUCCCAGCCAGGCAGAUGCGGAAGAGCUCAGCCAGCAGCUCCUGAGGGUGCUCCAGCAGAGGGAGAGAGAGUCAGAGAAGUGUGUGCCGGAAGAAUGGCGGGGGAAGAGCUCUCGGCUCAAGGAAGAACUGGAGAACUGUAAAAUUCAGUCGUCCACGCUGGUCUCGUCCUUGGAGGUGGAGCUGUCUCAACUCAGGGCUCAGGUUUGCGGCCUGGAGCAAGAGAACCUCUUCCUGAAGCAAGAACUGGAGAAGGUGCAACAGCUGCCCAGAUGCCCUGAUCUUUCUGAUCUCCAGAAUGAGAUGUCCAGCCUCAUCGUGAAAAACGAGAAGUUAAUGAAAGAAAAGGAAGCCCUCAGUGAAGAGUUGAACAGAUGCAUCGAGAAGGUGGCUCGAGUGCCCUUCUUGGAAAACCUGGUUGCUUCCUUGAAGCAGGAGAAGGCCUCUUGGGAGCAUCAGACCCAGUCUCUGAAAACACAAAUUGCAGCGUCGCAAGACAAGAUGUCCAGGCUAAAGUCGGACGUCAGGGUGACUCAGCAGGAGAACGAAGCUCUGAAGCAGGAAGUGAUGUCACUACACAAGCAACUGCAGACAGCCAAUGAUAAGAAUCAGGUUCUGGAACUGGCCGUGCAUUCUACGGGGCUGCAGAGCCAGCCGAAGAAGCUAUACUGGGACGAACUGGAUCAGCUGGUCAAGCAAGAACAGCAGCUGUUAAGGCAGGAAAACGAGAGGCUCCAGCGAGAAGUCCAGACAGCCAAGGUGGAGCUUUCUCAUUCUAGGGAAAAGAUCCGGCAUCUGGAAUCUACUCUCUUCUCCCUGAAGCACCAAAAACACCAAAGCCAGCCGGGGGUUGCGAAAGCAGUUGAGCAAGAGAAGCUGAAGAGAGAGUGUGAGCGGCUGCAGAGAGAGCUGAACUCGGCCACCAGGAAGGUCAGCCAGAUGAAUUCCCUGGAGCGUGAACGGAAAACCAUCAGUUUGGAAAACGAAGGCCUAAGGAAGAAACAGGUCAAACUGGAGGAACAGUUGAUGGAGCUGCUUCACUCGAGCUCCAGCGUGAGGCUUAGCCAGACCCCACACCCUCGCGAGCUGCAACAGCACCAGCACCAGCAGCAAAGCUGUGCCGCUGUGGUCCCCUUGGAGCAAUAUCAGCAGCUCCAGCACCAGCUUCUUCAGGCGGAGAGGAGGUAUCAACGCCUGCAGGAGGAGCUCGAGAACCGGCCUUUGGACACGAACAUGCCGCAGGGCGGACGUGAACAGCUGCUGAAGACCAUGGAGAAAAGGAUGGUGGACGUCGAGCAGCAGCUACGGCUGGUGAAGAGGCUCCUCCAAGACAAAGUCAAUCAGCUGAAAGAGCAGCUUGUGAAGAACACAAAAGCAGACGAAAUGGUCAAGGACCUGUACGUGGAGAACGCGCAGCUGCUGAAAGCUCUGGAGAUGACGGAGCAGAGGCAGAAGACGGUCGAGAAGAAGAACUACUUGCUGGAGGAAAAGAUCGCCAAUCUCAGCAGGAUCGUCAAGAGCCUGACCUCGCCGGCCUUGGGCUCCGCCGCGCAGUUGGGCUCUUAGCGAAGCCAUCGGGGCCUGCCUUUGUGCGCCUUCCUGCACUUUAGCCCAAAGUGACCAUUUCUGCUGUCUUCUUGGGGACGGCUGAGCUCAGGGCUGUUCACUCCAAAGAAAGCUCAGGUCAGCAGUCAGGCACACGCACAUGGGUCCAGCCCUGUGUUUCUCAAGCCUUAAUAUACUCCCCCUACUCGGAUUCAUGGGGGAAUUGAGGUCGGAGUCCAAAGCGGUGUGGCCAGAUUCAGAGAUUGCCUAAACCAAGUGAAGGUUGGGCUCAGAGGCCUCGAGGAGAACCACCGUACCAAUGUUUCACUUUAUCGGGUCCCUUCUCCUCCCUAUUUCCUGAUCUUCUUUGCAUCACAGAAGGCUUGUUUGAGAAGAUGGGUCUUUAGCGCUCUGAACUCGGUGGCUGGUAGUCUUUCUACACAAGUGUAGGGAGACGCAACGUUAACCAAGAAGGAUAGUUUAAAAAGACAGAGCAGGCAGAGAUCGCUCCUCAGAGAGUUUGUUAAUUUCAUCUUCACCGUCUUGAAGGCUCUGUCAGUUUCACCUCACCAGUCUAAAACUGUGUGGGGUUUCAACCAGAGGGCAGCGAGGAUUGGAAAUGGGCUGGAACCUCCUUCCAGAGCCGGGCUUGGACCUGGAGAGGUUCUAAUGGGCUGAAAUUUCCCUUCUGGCAUUUUACAGCCUCUUCACACAGCUCCAGUGUAUAGCAAAGCCUUUGCCCUGCUGCCGGCUCUGUCUUCUUAAACUACCCUUCCCGGUUACCAUUGCAUCUCCCGACACGUGUUCUUCACCUGUCAGAUGUCUCGUGUAGAGAGACUCUGUGAAAGCGUGAGAAAUGGGAGAGGGUUGUACAAUGGGGGACCUCCUCCUCAAAAGGCCUCAUCCCCAGCACAAAGUCUCUGUAGGACGGUAGGACCACUUUGGUCACUUUGCUCUGGGACUCGGGACAAUCAGAGCGGCAUUGUUUCUGAUUUUACAGUUCAGGCAGCACUGGAUGAAACACAAGGAGGAGGAGGGAGAGAAAAAAAUAACCAGGUGAAUAAUAGAAGGCAGGUCCUCAGACCUUCGACACCCCACAGAUAUGUCUAGGGAUGUGCACUUCGGGUUUCUGGUUUGGGUUUUUAACCCAAAUCGGGCCCAAUUUGGAAAGAUUCGGGAUUCCCGAAUUGGACCCAGCAUUGCUGACCAAUUCGGGAAUCCCGAAGCAAAGCUUUCCAAACCUGAAUUUUGGGGGGGUGCACACCCCUAGUUACGUCUUUUCCCAAGACGUCCCUCCCCCCAACUAAGAGAGGUAUAUGCUUGGGGAUAGGGUUGCCAGCCUCUAGGCGGGGCCUGGAGUUCUCCCAGAAUUACAACUGACCUUCAGACUACAGAACUCAGUUUCCCUGGAGAAAAUGGCAGCUUUGGAGAGAGGACUCUGUGGCAUUAUACCCUGCUGAAGUUCCUCCCCUUCUCAAACCUUGCCCUCCCCGGGUUUCACCCCCAAUUCUCCAGGAAUUUCCCAUCCCAGAGCUGGCAACCCUAGCUGGAGGGGGCGUGUCACACAACCAAGAGGCAGCAGAGUACAGGCCCAACAUUUGUUUGGCUGUGAUAAAGCUAGUUUCCAGCUUUCCAAACAGUCUUUGUCUUUGGCCCAGGGGUAGUGCAUACACUUUGCAUGCAAAAGGUCUUGGGUUCCAGCCCCAGCCUAUCAAAGGUCUCAAGGAGCAGGCUUUGGGGGAAACUUUCUUAGCUUCCUGCCUAGAGAGUCACUGCCAAUUAGAGCAGGCCUUAUUGAACUGGAUGGACCAAUGGGCUGGCUCGGUCUAAAGCAUCCUCAGGGGCUCAUCUCGGGUCCCUUUACGAAUAUGAGGCCCUUGUAGGUUUUUCUAGCAUUUCAAGAGGGCUGAACUUUGUAUUUAUUUGUUUUCUUUUUUAAAAAAAUUGUAUUUUCUAAACAACAAAGGGGAUACAAAAAACAGGAAUACCCGUGACACUAAGAGAAGAUUGAGUAACCCAUUACACAAAUGAUCUAGAGCACAAUCACCAUACAUCGUUUGAAUAUCAUGUUCAAGCCCACAACAGCCAUUCUCAGAGACAUUUCCUCUCUCUUCCACUAUGUCUUGCUAUUAAGUAUUUAUUUGUUUUCAAAUGGGUACUAGAACUCUCAGGAAUCCGAAUCCACUAAACAUCCUUUCAAAGAAAAUAAACAGCCCUGUCUCAGAAAAGGUCUUCUCGUUCAAACCAGAAAUGGCCAUUAUUGAUGUCUGUUCUCCAGAUCACUGGAUCAGUUUGCCUAACUUUCCAAUAGCUAUUUUUUUAAAAAAAAAAUCAUUUCUGCCAUAACCAUUUAUUCAACGUGAGUUAACUUUUUCUGGUGCCUUCGGUAUUUUAAUAUAUGCAUUCUUUCUUCUCCGUGAACUCAGUCUAUUGCACUGAAGGGGUGUAAAGUUUCCACCUAUAUGUCUGAAGGUUGCAGUCCGCCAGACUAUAGAUUAAAG